GCCAGGCGUGGGACGACGAUCCGUCCUGGCCUACGUUGGAGAGCGCGCUCCCGCAGGCGGCCAUCCAUCCGAAUGGAGAGGGCGAUGAGCUCCUCCAACGUGUUUGUCUCGUCCCGCGCGGCCAGUUCAUCUUGCAGGUGAGGGCUGAGGCUCCCCAGGAAACUGCAGCGGAGCGCCUUCUCAUUCCAAUCGCUCUCGGUUGCCAGAAUGCGGAAGGUGACGGAAUGGUCCGCGACGGAGGCGCCGCCCUGGCGAAUAGACAGCAGGCGCAUUCCAGCCUCCCGCUCUCGCAUGGGGUGAUCAAACACCCUCCUCAUCUCAGCCACGAACAAGGUUAAAUUGACCAGUAGCUCCGGUCUCUUCUCGGAGAUGGCCAUGGACCAGCGAGCCGCGCGGCCAGAGAGGAGGCUGAGCAUAUAGGCCACCCUGGCUGCGUCCGUGGUGUACGUGGCGGGCUGCUGGGCGAAGGUGAGGGAACACUGGUGAACAAACAACCCGCACUGGCCGAAGUCUCCUCCAUACCGGGCCGGGUGGGGAAUGCUGGGUUCGCGGGAAGAGGCGCCAAGUGGCGGGAGAGGAGGCAUGACUGUCGGAGGCUUGUCGGAGGAGGGGGCAGGAAUACGGGCAUGGAUCUCCUUAAUAAGGCUAGCCAUGCCUUCAAGCAUCUGCUCGUGACGGCUGAUGGACUCACCGUGAGCUUUGAGGGCAAAAAAAAUCUUCUCCUGCUCUGCGGGGUCCAUGCUUCAUUUGGUCGUAGUAUUCUGUCACGCCGAGGAGAGGGUAGACCCAAGAGAAGCACGCAGGCAGGAGUAGCUUGCAAUAAAAGGUCUUUAUUGCCUCCUCAAAAAGCAGGAUAGUGACAACAAAAAACUAUGGUGCAAAAAAUGGAGAGCAAACAGAAAAGGCACCACGAAAAAGGCUAGCAAGGCUAUACAAAACUAACUUCUUAGUGCCGGUAGGGAGCAGCUACCUGGCUGGCAGGAAGGCGUCGGGCAGGAGACUUGGCACCACUAUGUGGUGGUGGAAGAGACGGCAAAAGGCUCAGGUCCAAACAGGCAAGUGGCGUGCGUCCAUGUGGAACAAUACUACGACGCCUUCCUGCUGCCACAGGUGUGCCUAAAUGGAAGGUGGUGAUUGAGAACACCUGUGGCUGGCCGGGUAGCUCCUCCCAUCAGGGCGAACUGGGGCCUGAGGGGAGAGAGAGAGAGAGCAUGAGUGGCAGGCAAGUGUAAAUGGUGACAACACCAGUAGGCUGCUCCAGGAGCAGUAAGAUGGUGUCACGCAAUGGCGUGACAGCAACACCUGUAAGCUGUUUUUUGUAAUAACUGUUUUGUGUAUUCCUAUUCUAUAUAUUAAAUGCACUUAUGCACUUAAAUAAUGUACAAUUAGUAGCGUAUUCGUCUGUUGUUAACUUGUGUUACACGUAUUAUAACUAAAUAGAAAUUCCAUUUACAUUAAAAAAAAACAGUAAGGACAUGAGGUGUUCUUCAGAGGAGAAACGCCGCCAUCUUCAGGCAGUUUAUUGUCAUUACACGUAAUCUAAUGCAUUUAAUAAUGCAUUAGUCCUAGAGCUGUUAAAAAACAUUUUUGGACAUUGAUUUUCAUAUUUUAGAGUAGUGUACUGCUUUGGCUACAAGGCAAAAAGCAGUAUUGUAACUGAAUGGAAAUUCUACUUACAUUAAAAACGCUAAAAACAUGAAGGUGGGAAACGAGAAACGUUGCUAUCUUCUGGCAGUUUAUUUGCCAUUACACGUAACGAUUUAAUCAGAAGGCGUUGAUGCGAGCUACGAGGCUUUUUUUGGCCCGCUGGUUGCGUCUGAUGUGUGGUACAUUGGACCCCUAUGUUGUCGUGAUGCAGCGCUCACUUCAGCCUGAUGCCAAGAUGUUGCUGGAACUGUGGGUGUGUAUGACCAGCGAUCUUUCCGGAGGGGUGAGCAACAACCCUGCUGACAAGUGUCAUCGUGAACUCGACUGUUGCGGAGGCCUCAACAACGUUGACUAUUCGAAGAUGGACUUGAAGGUGUUUGAAGAAGUCUUAAGGCACAUCAACUUCCACGACACAAAUUUCCACAUUGCUGUGAUUGGGAUCAUUUUCAAUCCCCUUUUUUGGAAUGUGGUUGCAAGAUGGGAGCACCAGACACGUAACCUCUCCAGGCUUUUUGGAAGUCCCUACCUCGCCUGUUACUUCCUGGGUUUCAUCAUCAUCCUUCUCAAUGUGUAUCGCAGUCACAGCAUGGCGGUGGUCAUGAAGACCCAAGCCAGGUGGGAGAUGAUGGACAGGCCAGAGGUGUUCUACUUUGGUGUUCUUCUCAUUGUGUUGGGCUCUCUGCUGGUGGUCAGCAGCUUUCUAGCUCUGGGAUUUACCGGAACAUUCCUUGGUGACUACUUUGGCAUUCUGAUGGAUGGGAAGGUGACAGGCUUUCCUUUCAGCCUCAUAGAUAACCCCAUGUACUGGGGCAGCACCUCCAACUACCUUGGCCUGGCACUCAUAGGUGCGAGUCCUGUGGGUCUUUUCCUGACUGCGAUUGUAGCAGUGGUCUACAAGAUUGCCAUCCAAUUUGAGGGACCUUUCACUGAACGCAUCUAUCAGGGGAGGAGGCGCAAAUACGAAUAAUGGCAUCUCUGCAAGUCGUGUGAGGAUUCGCUGCUGAUCGAGAGGACCUCUAAACGGGAGUAUUGCUUUCAACCUUUAAAACGACAUGUCCACUGUUCCGCUUUUAGAAUAAAAACAUCACCAUGUGAAAUUUGGUGUACAGUAUUUUCUCCGAUAACGGCUGCGUAGACAUCAAUAUGUUAUAUUCUUAAAAAAAUACAGAAAUAAAAAAUACCAAUGAUCUUUAAAUAAUGUUUUAUACCCAAACACCUCCAUACCGCCACCAGUGGUCAACCAAUUAUAACACUUAGAUUAGUCCAAAACAAACCAGGUGAAUUCAACCACCUAAAAGCUCGUUACAUGUGGCUCAGCGCUAACUUACUCUACAUGAGUAUGAAUGAUUAAUAUUGAUUUUUAUUCCUUUAAGGAUUUAUUGGGGCCACUAAUUUGGAGUGAUUAUAUGUGCUUAUGUAUAUACAGUACGUACUAUGUUGACUAUACAUGAUGAGACAUUAAUUAAAUGCCAUCUGUAAUCAAUUAAUCUAGUUAAUGUAUUAAUUUCCCCUAAAGCCCUCACCUUGAGGUAUUAAAUUCGCUACAUUUUUGUGUCAGUUUUUUGAAUGCAUCAUCACGGGUAUGACUCACAAACAAGAUUCCCUCAGGUGGAAAUGUCAUGGGACUAGAAGAAUCCAAUGUUCUUCUUCAACAUCUGCUUAACCUGCAUGGAUUGUCCUUAUCCGAGGAAGCAGCCUCAGGACAAAACUGAAAAAACACGAAGAACAGCUUUGAGGGGCCUGACUGUGACGCAAACUCCAGUAACUUGAGUCCACUGAUCAACAAGUACUUAUUAAUGGUGAGAAGGAACCAGAAGAGCAUCUAACGGACGAUGCCUGACCCAAGGUCAUUCUGCCCAUUCAGUCACAACACGCACACACCCUGACCUACAUGUCAAAAUCUCAUUUCCUUCAAGUGGUGAAGAUCAAAGAAGAUAAAUGGUUACUUGAAAUUGCUUGAUAGGCCUUUUUUGGCAGAAAUUGCAAUUUUCCAAAAUUGUAUGUGAACGCUACAUCACAGCAAUUUGAAGAUAUCAUGCAAAUAUGGCGCCUAUUUUCUGUAAGUAGUAGAUAUCGUAGAAUCUGGAAGACGGAAGCAGCGAUUCGGCGUGCCCAACAUCUGCUCGUCAUGAUUGAUGUGGCGGGUAAAGCCGCUAGCACUCUGUCACUGAAAAUAUCUCGGAGGAGCCAAAAAUGGACAAAGUAGCCGAAGUUAAUGAAUCUGCAUCUCGGCCUCCUGCCCUCCUCCUGUCAUGCCUGUCAUUGCCUACCCCGCUUUCACCUUGGAGACCCCGCCUCCUGCCUGAUUGUGCUCAGGUGUCCCUCAUCACCUGAUUACCUGGCUUGCUAUUUAUUGCCUCUGAUUCCUCCUGUCUGGUGCAAGUUUGUUGUACAUUCAUGUCUUGUCCUAGAACUCCUUGUUAUCGCCUCGUCGCCUGGUUUUCGACCCUUGCCUGCUUUUCGACUUCUCCUGCUGCCGCUCUCUCGGAUACCUUUGCCUUAUUGUACCGACCUUCACUCUCGUGUAGUGCCUGCCAACUUCCUUCCCACGUCCCGCCUUGACAUUUACUUUAUUAACAGAGCAUAGAAAAGCUGUGUAUGACGUUCUAAAUAUGUAUAUAACAUUGUUAGAGCCCUGCAGACCAGAAAUAACACCCCUACAGUCACCUUGAUAUUCCUAUUAUUCAUUGUUUACACAUGUUUACACUCGAGAUGAACUCAAGAGCUAACCAGGUACCCUCUAUUUACAAAGCCAAAAUAUACCACUUCCACACAUAUGGGAGUAGAGUAAAAUAUCACUUGUAUUUCAAUAUGUUUUGACUAGAGCAUAGUAAUUAUUAUAAUUACAUACAUCCAUUAAUUUUUAUUUUAUGCAGGAUAGUCAGGGUAGCAUCCCAUAAUUUCAGCUGAAUAAAGCAUAAACAUUUUUUAAUGAG